AUGGCAUUGUCAAGAUAUUACAUCCAGAAGGCGAACAAAGCAGGACAGAAGACACCGUCGUUUCGCCAAGCCUCGGAGUUCGACUUCUUUCGUGGACAAAGUGGGUCCCUCUUCCGUCCAGACAUCUUUGACGAUGGCACCUUGUCAGAGCAGCCCUUCAAAAAGGUCAAGGCGUUCACGGACGUCGGUAACAUCGAGUCCAUGUCCAAAGAGAGGUGGGGUGCUGCAAAAUGGGUGAAAGGCCAGGCAAGGAUCUAUUGCGUCAACGACUUUGAUGCCAAGGCAGAGCCCACGAACAAUCAACCUCUGCUUGAUCGGGAUGACGGCAUACCCAGCUUCAUUUCUCACGCAGACUUCAUGGCAAUGCUGGAGCCGGCAUGGUACUCUAAGGAAAUCACCGAGGCCAACGUGAUGGCAGUACUUAAGCGCACCCACCUGUUCGUGAACACCAACACCUCUCUCUAUGUCCGUCCUGCCAGUGAGAAGCAAGACUGGGUGGCCAAAGCUAUGGCUGGUCAAGCCAAUCUUCCAUACCGUCCUACCAUCAUCAAUCGAGGACUUCAGGAACAUCUGGUUCGCAAUCUUCGCAUGGUUUCAGCGUCUGACCCGGCAACUACCUUCGCCAAAAAAGCAAAGAAGGCUAUGGAUGAACUUCAAGGAGAAACCGUGGACCUCAGCAGCCCACCGUCAACACCGCUUCGCACCGUCAAGAAAGAGCCCGCAUUCUUUCGCAAGCUCUCCACAGUGAUGGGUUCUAUCAAUCUGUCUAGUCCCAGCCCGGCCAAAUCCAAUGACAUUCCACCCGAGCAGACAACGUCUCAGGAUGAUCUGGAAAAGGACUUGGAGCAGAUGAUGCACGACACAGAGGCCACAAAAGAUGCUGCGGAGCACGGCUCGGACAACCAUGACCUUGAGGAGGCGUCUGAGUUUGAGCAUGACCCGACAAGCAAUGAUGGGGACGAGGACCGCAUGGAUAUCGAGGUAGAUAAUCUUGCACACGACAUCCGUUUUGAUCGCGCGGAGCGGAAAUGCACAGCUGGAUGCAAGGUGCGGUCCGUCAUCAAGAAGCCCUCUGGCAAGACCAAGCCCAUGAAGAAUUACCAUCCGGUCCCUUACGUUCGUCACGGAGAAGGCACCAACAAGAAUCGUACCGAGAGGANNCCACAUUGUGGUCUCGGCAAGCUUGGGAAGCUCAUCCGUCACACUUCGCGUGACGCUUUGGCAUACCGCUGUGGAGCUAAGAAAUGCCACAAGUUCGUACAGGCCCACGAUUUCCAUCCCAUCUUCUUUGGCGGCUCCGGUAACAGCCACACACCUUUGAAUGUUCAGGUUUGUGCUCUCUACUCCGCAGUUGCUGGAGCAUCCGCUGUCACUACACACCUCAUCUUGGACGUGGACCACAAGCCCAUCGAACGCAUCUUCACGAAUUUGGAGCUUGCCAGGACCAGAUUCGUAGAGCACAAGGAAAAGUCCAUAACCUUCGGGGCUCCAUCUGGUACAAUCUGGAAGGAUGUCGAGGCAGACGAGGUUGAUCUUGGCAAGGCUCUCCUCGAGGACCCUGACAUUGAGGGCCAGAAGAUGAAAUGGGAACAGUGGUGCGGCAUAGUCGAACGGGGCAGGCCAUCCUCGCUACGAUUGUUUCGUUUGAAUCCUCCUGCCACCAAGCAGAAUGCUCCUGGUCCUGGUCCUAUCCGCAGAACAGAGUGGAGCAAGAUCGGGAAGCCUCUUCUCCAGCAUCGCAAAGUGGUGUUGCAUACUGAUGGAGCCCGUGCGUACAAACUUCGAUUACCAGGCAUGCUGCACUGCAAUGUGGUCCACAAGAAAAAGCAAGUCAUCAUCAACAAGAAAGCGGUGUGGAUAAAGCCUCAUUACACCAAAGAGUACAACCUCACACUUCCUGAUGGAGGCAAGCUUCGCGUGAAAGCAGGGACGCAAAUAAUCGACAGGUUUUGGGGCCACGUCCGAAAAAUUCGAUCUGCCCAAUUUACGUACUGGCACAAGGGCCAGAACGCCUGGAAAGCUACGGCUUCCAUGUUGAAAGAACUGUACAAACUGUAG